UGUGCUGGGCUAGCAGUGCGAGACACUAGCCCUCCUCCGCUUUCGCUCGUGGUUUUUGCCAAUCUCUCUGCACCAUGCACACUCAUAACGCCAUCUCUAAGGACCAGAGAACACCUGCCAGCUGCAUUCCGCAAGCCGUAGAAACUUACCUGUCAUUUAUUUAUUUUUUAUUUUAUUUAUUUGGACGCCGGCUUUGCGUGAAGCAUGUGGGAAUAAGACCGGCAGCUGAAGACGGACGCAUAACUGCUCCGGUCGUGUGAGGGACGGUGGGAGGGAAGGUUAGGAAUUAUUCUGACAAAGAAUUAGCGUGUGCAACAGCUAUUACACAAAUAUAAAGCAGGUGUUUUAGCAAAGAAGAUUAUUCACACAAGGAUAUCCCUUGUGCGUCGCAUGUGACUGGUUUCUUCAUCAACAAUGCAUCUCUUGCAUAAUAUUGUUGCUGGCGAGGUCCGACGAUGACUGAGCACCCAGGACCUAUGAAGAACACAGAUUACAUCCCUCAAGUGCUGGUGGGGCUUGACCAGCAGCUGCUGGAGAUGGAGAAGGCGCAGGCACAGCUCGACUAUGAUGAUGGUUCUACGCAUAUGGAGGGGUGCACCGAGGAAGGUAUGCAAGGUGGGGGUCAAAUGGCAGCCGCUCCAGAAAAACAUCAAAUUAUGGAGCUUUUAGAGGAGGAGGAGGAGUUCGAUCUGCCUGAGUGGGUGGGAGACCUGGUUGAAUGUGGCAAUGAGUUGCUCAAAGCGUGGAACCGGAGUGGAGAAGAUGAAUAGUUUUGAACAUUGUGUUAGCAGUUCUUUGUAUGUGUGGUCCAAAUUUCAUCGAACAGUGACAGUGAAACAUCACGCGAAAGUUACUUUCGUCCAUAAGUUUUGCACACUAAUGUAUUCGUUGAAGAACUCUUCGAAGGAUUUUUAGAACGAUAUAGAAAAAGGUUAUAUAAUUCUAUAAAAAGAAAAAGUCGGCGUCACAACUCGGUAGCUAUACACGUUACAAUUUUUUGCAUACGUAUGGAAAUUUACCACAUUGUCGCUUAUAGCUCAGUGAAAAGGGCAUGUCGAUGUAUUUUAUCUUUCUGAAUAUAUCUGAGGUGCGGCUCCCUUUAUAGUGAGAUAGCCAUCCAACAUACGGCAGUCCCUGGGAAUAUUUCUGGACGCCACUGCUACCCGUCUCGGACACAUUCAACGCUGUGUGGCACGCAGGUCUCUUGUACCAUCUGUUUGAGUUUGGAAUUUCAGCGCUGUGUCUUCAGAAACCUACUUGGAGAUCAGAACCUUCCGUACAAGGGACAGAUUGUGUUGACUUAAGAGCGCGGGAUCCUACCGGGAGUUCCGCGAGGGUCGGUGCUCGGUCUCAGUUAUAAACAGUAAAUCUGCUAGCGUUCACCUUGCGGUCUGUGCGGAAGACACGGCGCUACUAAAGGGCAUUGUGAACUUCCAGAUUACCCAGCACAGACUACACCCCGUCUACGACGACCUGGUAUCGUGGGCGGUAAGUUAGAUGGUGAUCUUUAAUGCAGCGAGCAACCGAGCACUCGUAGAAAAUAGACGCACAGUCCACGUGGGAGAUAGAUGAGGAAACACGGCCAAGUAUCUGAAUCUUCAGAAAUGAGGCACAAUUUGGCAAAAAACUAUGCAUUUGCUUGGAAUAAUGUGUUCACAUAUGAUGUUUUUGCUGACUCAUAUUUCCCAAAACAGGAGUUGCUGAGUUGUACGUUAUUCCCAUAUUCAUCAUCGAAGUGCAUGUGUCAAGAUUCAGUUAAGUGAUUAAAACACAGAGGAAUGAAACAGUGUACACACCUGCGUUUCUAGGCACGGGAGAUAUCUGUCCCGUGGUUACAAUGACUUCAUCGUGUAUGAAUGUAUCAAAAAGGAGAUGUGUCAUUGUUGACUGCGAUUACUUUCUUGCUCUGGUACCAGGUGUAACUUGCAAUAAGAAUUAUCAAUACAUUAACAGUAAGUCGUAGAAGAAAUAAGUUCUGGCUAAUGGUAUCAUUGUAAAUUUAUGGUAAUACACCACUGUCUAUUUCAUCCGCAUAUGAUUCCCCGUGCAGUUCUUAUUUUACGAUGCUAAAAGGAAGCGAACCUCGAGGGUAUGCUUGCAACAGAAGAGGUGGGUGAAAUGGAACGAAAGUCAGUUGCUCUUCAGGAAGGCACUGCAUCUCACGGUAAUUGAUCCUCUCCGCAGCUUUAGGGACCAAGACGGUUGAAUGAGUUUCCCCUUGAGACACUGUAAUGCCUGCUCAGCCUCAAACUUUCACCGAUGAGAGUCUAAUGCUCGGUUGCACUUCCAUGUGAUAACAAGCAAAUAGUUAGCUAUUUGUCAAAAAUAUCACCUUUAUGACUCUUGU